AAAUUUGUAUUUUCUUCUAUUUUGAUACUUACGGAUAGUUAAAAGCAUUCAACACAAAACAGAAUAUUCCAUAUUUUUCUAUUGAAAUUAAACGAACUUUAGGAGAUCAAAUAUAGAGUAAUAUUUUUCUUAUUAUCAUCGGAGAAUUCUCGGACGAUGUCCACUAUUCCCGACGGCGGCAGCAGCGGCGGCGGGCAGAACUCACCGUGGCCCGACCUUCCCGUCGACAUUCUAUCAUCGAUCGCCGAUCGCCUCGACCCAAAAAUCGGCACUCUUCGACUUCGCUCUCUUUGCAGGUCAUGGCAUUCUUCCCUUUCUCCUCUUCCUUCCUCCAUUACUUUCCCUCUCAAGCUCCCUUUUCCACUCUCCAAUGGCGUCUCAACCUCUCCUUCUCACCUCUCUCUCUCUAAACGAACCAUUUAUCUCCUCUCUCCUCCUGAAAACCUCUCCAAUGGUGGCUUCCUCAUCAAGGUUGAGGAGAGAGAAGGUAAACGUAAUGCCUUCUCUCUUUUUGACCCUCUUUUGUCUAAUGCCAAAUUCCCUCAACCGAAAUUGAGUUUGAAUCUUCUUGAUUUUAGGGUUUCUGUUGUUUUUGAAUCGUAUGUUGUUAAUUCUGCUUUCGGAGGAGUUUUGCAGAAUCCUUUUAAGAAGGCUGUUGUUGCGAAGAAUUUCGCUGGAAAUGGUGAUUUUAUUGUUCUGGGUUUGAAAUUAAGUGGGGAAUUGUUGAUUUGGAGAAUUGGGGAUGAACAGUGGACUGAAAUUGGAGUUAAUGGGCGUUCUUUUGAUGAUAUUAUUAGUUAUAAUGGAAAAUUUUAUGCUACUGCUGAUAAAAAAGGAAGGCUUGUGAUGAUUGAUUCUAGGUUGAAACCCUUUGAUUUGGUGCCAAAAUUGAUGUUUGGUGAAGGUAAAUGUACAUAUUUGGUAGAGUGUGAUGGGAAUUUGUAUGUAGUUGAUCGAGUUGGCGUUGAUGACAGUCGAGACUUUAAGCUUGGAGUGUUUAAAUUGGAUGAUAAGGGACGUUUUUGGGAUUAUGAGUUGGACUUGAAUGAUUGUGUGUUCUUUGUGGGUGAUGAUGCAAAUUUUUCAUUGUCUAGAAAUGAUUAUCAUGGUGACAUAGGAAAUGUCAUCUACUUUAAGGGUGUCACUCUUGAAGAUGAUGGUGAUAGAAUUGGUGGAAUUGAUGAAUUCACUAAAGUUUUCGAGAUGAAAACAAACUCAAGUAGUUACUUGGUAGAAUCUGAGAGUUAUGCCAAGCUUUAUUGGCCGCCUUCUAGUUGGUUCAGUCUGGCUGUAGCUCUUAAUCUUCGCUGAUUUAAGGUGCGCACAUUGUCUUCUUCUGGAGAAACAUCCUGAUUUCUUGCAAUUUCUGUGGAAUGCUGUGCUGUUGGUGUGAGCCUCCGAGGUCUGGUGUCAAGCUAUUUCUUUCUUAGUUUAAAUAAAGUUGCUCUGUUUAUUAUGAAGAGUGGACUUAUUGAGGAAUUAACUUCUAUUUCAAGGAUGUAUAGUAUGGAAAACCGUUGUGGGCUAACUUUGACAACCUACUUCAUCCUCUUGUAAGCAAAUUGGAGUACAUGCCCUGAUGCCCCCUUCAUUCACUCAGGAGGAACAAUUUAAUCCAACUCUUGACCAAGAUUUAAUUCACAUUUACAACAACCUUCAUCUUUUGUCAAAGGCUUUCGAACAAUAUCCAAAGAUGUGGGAUGUCGGCAGAGAUUCAUUAAUUCUAGGAAAAGUACAUGAUUUUUAGAAUUUUCGGAACUCUCACUUGAUAAGCUGGAGUUGGAAAGCGAGUUGCUUUUUAAAUAUUGAUGUUCUUCAUUUGAUAUGUUUAUGUCUAAUACAUUAAAAUAAGCUCCCUAUUAUUUUGCAGCAAUGACUUACAUAUGGAUUUGCAA